UUGAAGUUAACAAAAUUCCAAGCAUACAUAAAGAUUUAAACAGAAGAUGCCUAUUACUGUGGGGAAAGCAGGCAGCAGAAGGCAUGGAUUUCCUAGCAAGUAAAAGUGUUGUGCAUGGGAGUUUAUGUGCUGCAAACCUGCUCCUUACAAGUAAUGGUAUUGUAAAAGUGACUGGGUUCGAAAGACCACAGGAGAUUUACAUAGACACAAAACAUAUAAUUAGAGAUGAGAUCUCCCUGUCAUUAAAAUGGAUGGCAACAGAGACCCUAAGUGAAAGAACAUUUAGUAUCAAGAGUGACAUUUGGGCCUAUGGUAUUGUUCUUUGGGAAAUAUUUUCUCUUGGUUCGACUCCAUAUCCAGACAUACCUGUAACAACAGACUUCAUUGACAAAUUAGUAAAUGGAUUGCGCAACAAAAAGCCAAAAUGUGCCAAGGACUUUGAGUAUAAUUUGAUGUUAGCGUGCUGGGGCAUGAUCCACUAUCAAGACCUACUUACUCAGAAAUUAUACAUCAAUUGCAAGAGGUUUUAGAAAAGUAGUGUACUGAGGAGUACUGAGUUUUACAGAGCUGACAAUCUCCAUCGUUGUACAUCAGAAAACAGGAAGAUUUGUUGAUGUCUGGUAGAAAAGUUGUCUGUUUCAAUAGCUCAGGUCUCUUGCAGACAGGUU